AUGAAAAGAAAGACAUCGCUUUUUCGUCAUUCUCAACAAAGUGAAGUUAGUAAUCUCUACCGAGCAUGCCAAACGGGCAAUAUUUAUCUAGUUCGAGACAUUCUUUCAUCCACCAGCCAUGCCGAUAUCAAUCGUCUCGAACCGAAUGGAAGUACAUCCUUGCAUGCAGCUGCAUUCUUUGGUCAUGCCGAUAUUGUGCAACUUCUUCUUCAACAUGGCGUUGUGCGAGAUCAACGAAAUGCCGAUGGUCUCACCGCAUACGAAGUAGCAUCUAAAGAUGAAAUUCGUCAACUCUUCCAUCGCUCAUUGAGUUCACAAAGAUUCCGUAGUGAUACAAUAGACGAUGCACCACAUAUCUUUACUACUACCAUUGAUGGGCAAUCACCAGCCGAAGAGAACCAUGAUCAGACGCCCAGUGGUUGGGUUUAUGCAGAUCGUAACCAACUGGAGACUCUUAUUUUGGAGGCAAGUAUGCAUAUUACAAAAACUAUGGCAACAUCGCCGAUACUACAGCCAUUGCUGAAACAUGUGAUUCGUAACAAUGAUUUUACAGGUUCUGUAUACGACAAAGAUACAGCUGUGAAAUAA